CUGAAAGUAUCGAUUAUGAAGAACGAGAAACGGUUAUAGAGUUGUCAAAAAUGACUUCGAAAGUAAUUUUUUCAAGUGUUGAUGACGAAAAACUAGUGGAAACUGUAGCUAAAUUUCCAUGUAUUUACGACACUAGUAAUAAGUUAUAUAAAAAUCAAGUUGCCAAAGACAAUGCAUGGAAGGAAGUAGCAGAACACACGAAGAAAUCAGCGAAUGAUUGUAAGAAAAGGUGGAGAAACAUAAAGGAUACAUUCUUCAAGAGGCAAAAGAGACGAACGGGUACUGGAUCUUCUACUAAUAUGAAACCGAAGUCAUGGCCAUUAGCGAAUAUGCUAUCGUUUCUCGGAAAAGCUAAUCAUAAGCGAGAAAGCAUAUCAAACACAUCGGCUGACAAUAACUUAAGCCAGGCAGACGAUGAAAUCGGCAGCCAGGCGGACGAAGAAACGAUGACACAUGAAGACGUUGAAUUUAUUACUGAAGAUGUAACAUUAGAAGCGAAGCAACCUCAUUCUUUAAAGCAAACGUCAACCCCUUCAAAAGAUUUAUUUUUUCACCCUAGUAAAAGGCACAAGACUAGUGAAAAAGUAAUGAAUUUUUUGGAGGAAACGCGAAAAGAAAGAAAUGAACUUUUAAGGGGAUUGAAUCAGAACCGCGAUGACGAGAUUGAUUUAUUUUUUAAAAGCAUUGCGAUGUCUGUAAAGAAGCUGAGGCCAGAAUUAAUAAAUGAGGCGAAAAUGAAAAGCUUACAGAUGGUCUUCGACCUCGAAAAUCGAAAUUCCAUGUAUACCUUUGCUCGACAUUCGGCAUCUACAAGUAAUUCUGCAGCAGAAUCACCAUCACCAAUAGUUACGAAUUAUAGGUAUGGCCCAAGUCUUUUAAAGUAUCAUGACUCAGACUCUUCGCAUUAUGAUGAAGAAAUUAUGUAA